AUGAAUAGCAACAAACUAAUAAAAAAUUAGUAAAACAAUUAAUCCUAAGGGGAGGAGGAAUCCACUAGACAUCUAAGUGAGAUCUUAAGAAUGAAAUACACCUAAAUCGAAUAACUUCCUUCUUAAACUAUCAAAUUUAGAAGCCUUAGAUAAAGGUUUGGAUUAAUUUAAGAUAAAUAUCCUUUGCCACUUAAAUUUGAAUAAUUAUUAUAAACCAUGAAAACUAUCGAAACGACUUAUUGGAAGAAAUAAAAACCUAUCGCUUAUGAAUUUAAAACUAAUGCUUUCAGGAUCUUAUAAAUUGGAUAAUUAUUAUAACUUGAUAAAGAGCUUUAUUAAAUUAAAAUUGUAGAAAAAUCUGUUUACAUUGUUCUUAAAGAUGUUCUAAUUCAAAAUUUACCUUCAUUUCAAUCAUUUGCUCAUUAGUUAGCUUCUGUCUUUGAAAGUAGAAGAACAAGAUUCAGAAAUAUUUUAGAUAAAUUAGUGCAAACUGUUCAUGAAAAUUACCACAUUAUAAACUAAUAGGAUUUUAAAGAACAAUUAAUUUAAUAUUUAACUUUAAAAUUAGUUUUGUUAAUAAUAAAGAAAUAAAAAAAAAACAACCCGUUAGGCUGCACCUCAAGCAAAUGA